AUGGCCGAUACCGAAGAGCUAGCAAAGGGUUACACAUCCGUCAACAACACCCAAUUCGACGCUGGGCUGUUCCUGCUGAACAGGCUCGGAGUCACUCCCGGCCUGCACGUCCUCGACGUCGGCUGCGGGCCCGGCAACAUCACCGCCCACAUCGCGGAGGUUGUCGGGGAAAAGGGAAGCGUGGUCGGCAUCGACCCCAGCAAAGAACGCAUUACCCUCGCGCAAGAAAUCAAAACGCCAAACCUGUCAUUCCACGUCGGCAGGGCAGAGGAUCUGUCACAAUUCGCCACGGGCAGUUUUGAUAUAGUAUAUGUCAAUUCAACCUUCCAUUGGGUAGAAGACCAGCCCGCAGCGGUUAAAGAAUUCGGCCGCGUGCUCAAGUCCGGAGGUCGGCUCGGCAUAUCAGGAGGUUCCGGAGACUUCGUCGCGGUGCACGAGAGGAUCAAGGAAGACGUGCUGUCAAGAGAGCCAUACCGCAACUACCCAGAGCAGAGUGGGCCUAAGUUCAUCAAGCGGCGGGAUCUCGAGAAGCUCCUCGAUGACGCCGGUUUUCCAAAGAGAGACAUGGUCAUUAACAAGAUCGUCAAGUGGGCUAAGGACGGGGACGAGAUGAUUGAGUGGCUAGACACCAGCUCGUCGGGCAAGACAUAUGGUGGUAUCCCACUAGACAUGAGGCCCAAGGCGCGAGAGGAGAUGAAGGUGGAAUGGGACAAGGUUACCACCAAAGAUGGCAUUCACAUGGAUAUGGACCUUUUGGUGACGGUGGCUACUAAGGAGUGA